AUGGUGUCGAAAGCAAAUGUGACUCUGGUUGUACUUGGAGUCUUGGGUGUCGUCUUCCUGGUACUGGGGUGUGUGCUGAUUCAUGUGUUUACCAACAUGAUUCAUGAUCAGGUGGUCCAAAAUUUGCCACUGAAGAACGGGUCAAAGUCUUUCAAGAUGUGGUCAGACCCAACAAGCCCAAUCUACUUCCAAGUGUGGAUGUAUGAUGUUGUAAACCAUCAAGAAGUUCUGAAUGGAGACAAGCCAUAUGUACUUCAGAAAGGACCUUACACUUACAAGGAGAUUAAGCAAAAGUUUAACGUGACCUACAACAAUAAUGGUACGAUGAACUACAGGGAGAGAAGCACUUACAUCUUCAAGCCAGAGUUGUCUGCUGGGUUAGAGAAUGAUACAUUCGUCUCUGUUAAUUUGCCCUUACUGACACUUAUUUACCUCACUCGAUGGGAGAGCCCACUUUUCAAGGAACUAUUUUCUGUACUGUUGAGAACUCUUGGUGAAAGUUUGUUCGUGAAACUGUCGGUGCAUGAUCUCAUGUGGGGAUACAACGACCCAUUUUUUGAGACUGUGGAUAAGCUGGCCAAAUUUUUUAACCUGUCACUUCCAAUCCCAGAAAAGUUUGGCCUGUUUUACAAUAAAAACAACUCAGAUGACGGCCUGUAUCAGAUCUACUCUGGCAUCAAUGGUGUGGAUAACUUUGGCAUGAUUGUCACUUGGAAUGAGGAAAGCCAGCUCACUUACUGGAAUUCAAGUAUCGCCAACAUGAUCAACGGAACAGAUGGAACCAUUUAUCCACCUUUUAUUGACACUGCAGAAACUAAGUACCUCUUUUCUUCAGAUCUCUGCAGAUCUCUAGGUCUGGAGUACCAGGAUGUGGUCAAUGUCCGAGGAAUAGAUCUAGACAAGUUUGUGGCUCCCGACAUCAUGUUUGCCAACACUACGGUCAACCCUUACAACAAAGGCUUCUGCAACUCAGAAUGCCUACCCUCUGGCCUUCUGAAUGCUAGCGUUUGCAGACAAAAUGCACCAGUCAUCAUGUCCAUGCCUCAUUUUCUGGGCUGUGAUGAAGAUGUGGCAAAAGGUGUCAAUGGUAUGCACCCCAACAGAGAAGAGCACCAGAGUUACAUUGAUAUUGAACCCAGAACUGGUGUUGCCAUGAAUGUUGGCAAAAAGUUGCAGAUAAAUACCUUCAUUGAGAGAGUGGAAGGCUUCAGCGAGACCUACAACAUCAAGCCAGUCUUCUUCCCCGUCCUGUGGAUAAAUGAAAGUGCAAUGAUAUCAGAAAGUGAUGCUGCCGAGUUCCGCAGUGAGGUGCUGGACAAGAUAGAGCUGACCAAGGGUGUCCAGUUUGGUCUCAUAGGUCUUGGGGCCCUUUUGAUGCUGAUUGUGGUCAUUGUUCUGGUGGCCAGGAAGCUCUGUUUGACCCAAGCCUCACUUACAAUUAACAGUGAUGACGAUGAGCCAAUGCUGAUUCCUGCUGCAUAA